AUGGCCCCCCUGAAACCCCUCAAGCCCGGCGCCAGCAGCGACGCCGAGGGCCAGUCCUCGUCCGACGCCCAGCAGCCCCUCGUCCAGCCCCCCGCCCAGCUGCUCGACUUGGUGGAGCAGUUCCUCGCCGACAACGUCUUCCGCGGCGCGCACAGCGCCUUCAAGAAGCAGCGCGCAAAGAAGGGCUGGGGCGAGCUCUCUCCCGAGGCCGCCAAGGGGGGAGUCACGCUGGUGAGCGUCUUCGAGGCCUGGGAGAAGGCGUCCAAGGCGCCCGCCGCCGCCGAUCGGGACGUCGACAUGGACGACUCCAGCAGCUCCAGCUCCAGCUCGAGCGAGAGCUCCAGCAGCGACGAGGACAACUCCAGCAGCGACAGCGAGAGCGAGAGCGAAGCCGACAAGAAGCCCUCGUUCCGCAAAGCGUCCCCUCCCAAGGGCAACAAGAACUUGAAGCGCAAGAAAGCCGCCAGCUCCAGCAGCUCCUCCUCCUCCUCCUCGAGCUCCAGUUCCGACUCCGACUCCGACUCCAGCUCGUCCAGCUCCGACUCGGACUCGUCCGAUGAACAGCCCCGUCUUAAGAAGCAGAAAGUCGCCGCCCCCGAGUCCAGCUCCGAGUCCGACUCCGACUCCUCUUCUUCUUCUUCGUCGAGCAGCUCCGAGUCCAGCUCCUCGGACGAGGAGAGCUCCAGCUCCGACGAUAGUUCCGACAGCGAGUCCGAGGUCGACGCCGCAGACGCCGCAAAGGUCCCUCUCCCCGAGUCAGACUCUUCCUCCUCCUCCUCAUCAGACUCCUCCUCCGACUCGGACUCCGACGCAGGGAAGAAGAACAAGAAGAACAGCAAGUCCGCCAAAAAGUCCGUCAACGGCGUCUCCACCACCACCACCACCAACGACAAGUCCCAGUCCGAAUCCUCCUCCUCCUCCGCCUCCUCCGCCUCCUCCGCCACAAUCGACUCCCUUCCCAACCCCCCUUUACCCCCCAACCCCAACGACGUCAAGAAGGGCAAGGCCGGCAAACCAAAGACGGAGCCCUUCUCCCGCGUGCCCCGUGGCAUCAAGGUCGACCCCAAGUUCGCGUCCAACGAAUACGUCCCCCUAAGCUACUCCCAGCGCGCACACGAAGACCUCAUCGUGACCAAGGGCAAGGGCUUCACCAAGGAGAAGAACAAGAAGAAGAAGGGCAGCUUCCGCGGCGGGCCGAUUGACAUUUUCGAGAAGAAGAGCGUCUAUUUUGACGAUUGA